AUGAAUGGAGCUGAUGUUGCUGCUGUGGACCCCGUGAAAGGAAAGACCGCAGAGGAAUGGGCAGCCCUGACUGGAUGCUUUGAAGCUAUCAUGCGGAUCAGAAUCCUUUUGCAACGCCCCUGUGCCCAGCAAUUCUCUAACAAGUACUUGCCUGAGUGGCCCCAACUGCCUGAACUGGUGGCCCAAGCGACAGCUACCAAAUCCAGAGCCAAGCGUCUGACUGAUCACAUUUGCUCCAUGUUUACCAUCCGUUUCCCACAAGACCCCGAGACGGAUGGGGUGAUGGAUCACAUGGUGCGCAUGACCACCUCCUUGGCCAGCCCAUUCAUGACCACGGCUUGUCAAACGCUCUGUCCUGACGACCCACCGGAAGUAGGCAAGCAGAGACACUCAGUGCCAGAAAUUCUCAACCGAUAUGUACCUGAUCCCGAUGCCAAAUCAGUAAACAGCAGAUCGUGCAGCAGUAGCCAGUUCAGGACCCAAACCCUGAUACCGUAUCAAUCCCUUAGUCCCAUUGGGAAGUUUCUGUCCCUUCCUCUGCGAUUCAACAGCGCCAUUCCAAAAAUUAAGGUCAGCAGGUCUUCUGCCCAGUCAACUCCGGCAGAGAACAAACCACCCAAGGUUAAAAACAAGAAUGCACUGCAGAUCCCGAAAUGGCGAUACAAGGAGGUGAAAGAAGAGAAGAAGAAAGCUCAGGAAGCAGCAGGGAACAAGAAGAAGCCAGACAAGACUAAAGGAAAAGAUGAAUAG